AUGGACGGGAACUACACCCAGGACAGAGACCCGUACUCAGGGUUCACCUCCAAACUGUCCCCCGCGGCGGACAUCACGGUGGGACUCGCCAUCCUCUGCACGGUGCUGCUGUCGCUGGUGGGGAACGGCCUGGUGUUGCUGGUGUGUUACCGGCGCCGCAGGGUCCUUGCUGGUGCGGAGCUGCUGUGUGUGAACCUGGCGGCGGUGGACUUCUUCUGCUGCGUGUUCUUCUACCCUCUGUCCAUCACCUCCUCCUUCACACACACCUGGUGGGGACACAGCUACACCUGCGUCUACUACGGCCUGGGCUGCUUCAUCUUCGGCCUCUGCGCCAUGUUCACCAUCACCGCCAUCAGCGUCAUGCGCUACCUCAAGACCUGCUGCAGCCUGCUCUAUGUGUGGCUGGACGAGGUGCGGGUGCAGUACCUGUGUGCUGGGAUCUGGAUGGUGGCUGCUCUCUGGUCCUGCUUCCCUCUGGUCGGUUGGGGGGAGUAUGUCCUGGAGCCGUACGGUCUGUCGUGUACGGUGGCCUGGAGGGGAUACCACACCUCCACCAAGGACGCCGUCUACGUCCUCUGCUCCUUCCUCUGCUUCACUCUGCUCCCCGUGCUGCUCAUCGUGGUCACGCAGGGCCUCAUCCUGUGGGAGGUCUCCAGGUUCUCCUGCACUCUGUCUGCGAGGGGCAUCUACAACAACCUGAGACACACGGAGAGGAGGCUGAGCAUGAUGUUCCUCUGCAUCAGUCUGGGCUUCAUCAUGGCCUGGUCCCCGUACGCUGUGGUCUCCUUCCUGUUCAUCUUCCACAGGGGCCCCCAGUACAUGGCCCCUGAGGGCUUCGUGUUCCCGGCUCUGUUUGCGAAGAGUUCUCACAUCUACAACCCGUUCAUCUACUUCUACUUCAACAAGACGUUCCAGCGCGAGCUGCGGUGCCUGCUGGGCCCCGCCGCCGUGCUGCUGCGAGGAAACCGUGUGGGGGCCCCACCUGGUACCCGCCCCGGGCCCCCACACAUACACAUCCAGCUGGUGGAGAAGAACAGGAAGACCCGGGACCAGGAGAGCCACCAGAGGAAGGAGGCUCCUGAAGAGCCCAGGCCUGUGUGUGUCUGCUGGGGGUCUGACCAGGUGCAAGGACACCAGGAAGGACCAGGGGCCCCUAAACACGGCUCCAUAUAA